AAGUAUAAACUCUUCCUGUUUAGUCAUAAGACCCGAACCCUAAAUAUAAUAAUGGGAAGUAGUCGAGGUGGGAUAAAUUGAUUUGGGUUUUAGUUUGUACUACAUUUAAGCCAAGGGAACGAAGGUAGAGAGUGAGAGUGAGAGUGAGAACAGGGUUUGGUUUUUUUAUUGGGUCGAUGUUGCAAAAUUGCAGUAGUAAGUUGAAGAGAGGGCGUCGGAGAUCACGCGAUGUGUCUUCUACUGACGAAGAUGGUGCCGCCAAUGCUCCUCCUUGUACUAUUUUUGAUGUUGCUUACUUUCAGUCUUACUCUCAUCUUGGCAUUCACGAGGAGAUGAUUAAGGAUCACGUGAGGACUAACACCUACCGAAAUGCAAUUUUCAAUUACAAGCAUUUGAUUGCUGGCAAAGUAGUUGUGGAUGUUGGUUGCGGAACUGGAAUUCUGUCCAUCUUUUGUGCGCAAGCUGGAGCUAAAAGGGUUUAUGCUGUAGAUGCCAGUGACAUUGCAGUACAGGCAAAAGAAGUUGUGAAUGCAAAUAACCUAUCUGAAAUUGUCAAAGUGUUACAUGGACGAGUGGAGGAUGUGGAGAUCAACGAGGAGGUUGAUGUUAUAAUAUCUGAAUGGAUGGGGUACAUGCUUCUUUAUGAGAGCAUGCUUGGAAGUGUGAUUACUGCACGAGACCGCUGGCUGAAGCCUGAAGGUCUUAUCCUUCCUUCACAUGCAACGUUGUAUAUGGCUCCUUUUACACAUCCUGAUCGAUUCAGUGAAAGCAUCGAUUUUUGGCGAAACGUUUACGGAAUUGAUAUGUCAGCAAUGGUUCCACUUGCUAAACAAUGUGCAUUUGAAGAGCCAAGUGUGGAGAUUAUAUCGGGUGAGAAUAUCUUAACGUGGCCCCAUGUUGUGAAGCAUAUAAAUUGCUAUACCACUACUCUGUUGGAGCUAGAAACAGUUGAGGCAAAGUUUAGAUUGCAGUCUAUGAUGAGAGCUCCACUUCAUGGAUUUGCAUUCUGGUUUGAUGUUGAAUUUGGAGGACCUGCCAAUGUAACUGCAGCCAAUGGUGCUUCACACAACGAUAAAACUCCCAACAAUAAUUGUGAGAAUGGUGGAAAGAGAAAGAGACACAGAAGUCCUAGUGAAGGACUUGUCUUAUCUACUGCCCCUGAGGAUCCACCAACUCAUUGGGAACAGACAUUGAUUUUCUUUUAUGAGCCAAUAGAAGUAGUGCAAGAUCAAAUCAUUGAAGGAUCUGUGACUCUAAAUCAAAGCAAGGAAAAUAAACGGUUCAUGAAUAUCCAUCUUGAGUACACAUCAGGUGGUCGGACCUUAGUAAAGGAAUCUGUCAUGCGCUAACUUUUGUUAUCGAGAUCUAUCAUCAGUGUUUUAUGCUGCUGUUUGCCGAUUCAACCAUGACUUUCAUUUGAAAGUUCUGUAUCGUACUGAAGUUCUGAGAAUGAGGAAAAUAGUUCGGGUGUAGAUUGUAUUGUCAACAUGAAUUUAUGUGGACUUUGUGCUUUUUUUUUUUUUUUUUUUUU